UUGGAUGGUAACCCCAUGCUCAAGUAAGCAAACGAAUUCCCGGGGCCGCCCAGCACUGCUAAACGAUCGGUAUACGGGAAACUCUGCUGAUAGUUGUACUGUACACAGCUUGGCUUCUUUCGUUACUACCUAUAUGGAGGAAGAAGCUGAGAAGCUCAUGGCCGAGAGUUUCUCCAAGAACUUCAUCGACUAUGAGGAAUAUCCUGUUUCAGCAGAUAUUCAGAACCGUUGCGUUUCUAUGAUUGGGCGGCUAUUUCACGCACCUACCCAUGAUGAAGCCGAAGGUGCUGUCGGUACUUCAACUGUGGGUAGUUCAGAGGCCAUCAUGUUGGGAGUGCUUGCCAUGAAGAGACGCUGGAAGAACAAGAGAAAGGCCGAGGGAAAGUCGACUGAGAACCCGAACAUCGUCAUGUCUUCCGCUGUCCAGGUCUGCUGGGAGAAGGCGACGCGCUACUUCGAGAUCGACGAGAAGCUCGUCUACUGUACACCAGACCGCUAUGUAAUCGACCCGGAAGAGACCGUCAACCUCGUGGAUGAGAACACCAUCGGUAUCUGUGCUAUUCUUGGAACGACAUAUACCGGAGAAUAUGAGGACGUCAAGGCCAUCAAUGACCUAUUGGUGAAGAAGGGUAUUGACUGUCCCAUUCACGUCGAUGCCGCCAGUGGUGGUUUCGUGGCACCGUUCGUAGUGCCCGAUCUGGAGUGGGACUUCCGUCUCGAGAAAGUCGUGUCAAUCAAUGUAUCCGGUCACAAGUACGGACUUGUCUACCCUGGUGUUGGUUGGGUCAUCUGGCGUAGCGCCGAGUUCUUGCCGCAAGAGCUCGUUUUCAAUAUCAACUAUCUCGGAGCCGAUCAACAAUCGUUCACUCUCAACUUCUCCAAGGGCGCCAGUCAGGUUAUUGGACAGUACUACCAGCUAGUCCGCCUGGGCAAGAAGGGCUACAGGGCCAUCAUGAGCAACCUGACCAGGACGGCCGAUUAUCUAGCGGAGUCGGUUGAGGCCCUGGGCUUCGUUCUCAUGUCUAAGAAGUCCGGUGAAGGUCUACCACUGGUUGCCUUCCGCCUCAAGCCCGAUCAGGAGCGAGAAUGGGACGAGUUCGCACUUGCACACAAGCUGCGUGCUCGCGGCUGGACCGUUCCGGCCUACACCAUGGCACCGCACACGGAGAACUUGAAGAUGUUGCGUGUGGUGGUGCGUGAGGACUUUACCAAGAACCGCUGUGAUAGUCUCAUUGUCGAUAUCAAGCUCUGCAUGGAGAUGCUUCAGGACAUGGAUAAGGAGUCUAUCAAGAAGCACGAGCAGUUCCUCAAGGAGCACUCUGUCAAAGGCAGAAGGGCUACCCACAACCACGAAAAAUACAAGAACGAGAGGCACUCGCUUCAAGGAAAGACAGGCAAGACUCACGCUGUAUGUUAAGCGACUGUAAAUGAGUCGGUGUGGCUAAAUAGAAGACCUAGACCUCUGCGCUACUUUGAGGUUAGCACAGAAUGAGGACGACCAGGUGAAAAACGAAUGCAUGGAGCACAUUCUGCGCAUGAACAGCGAGAUGCGGGUAACUAUGUGGCCGCAACGAAUAUGCGAAGAUUAAGAUAUAUACAAAGCUAAAAGACACAUUACCUUUAUA